AUGGCUAUUUCAAAGCGCGUAUGGUGGAAAGAUGCCGUUGUGUAUCAGAUUUGGCCAUCCAGCUUCAAGGACGGGAAUGGAGAUGGUCUAGGAGACCUGCAAGGCAUAAUCGAGUCACUGGAUCAUAUCCAAAGUCUUGGAGCCGAUGUGAUUUGGAUCUCGCCAGUAUACGAAAGCCCUCAGGUCGACCAGGGUUACGAUGUCUCCAGCUAUGAGCGAAUCCACCCGCCGUACGGCACGAUGGAGGAUAUGACGAACUUGCUCAAAUGCUGUCACGAACGUGGAUUGAGAGUCUUGAUGGACCUUGUGAUCAACCACACCUCCGACCAGCAUGACUGGUUCAAGGAGUCUCGGUCCUCCAAGGGCAGCCCCAAGCGCGAUUGGUACAUCUGGCGUCCAGCAAGAUAUGAAAACGGCCAGCGUAAGCCACCCAACAAUUGGAAGUCUUGCUUCGGCGGCAGUGCAUGGGAAUGGGAUCCUUGCACUGAAGAGUAUUAUCUCCACCUCUUCGCCGUGGGACAACCCGACAUCAAUUGGGCCAAUGUUGCCAUGCGAAAGCAUGUCUACCAGAGUUCCGUCAAAUUCUGGCUUGAUAAAGGCGUCGAUGGCUUUCGAAUCGACACCAUGGGCCUCUUUGGCAAGGACCAGUCGUUUGCAGAUGCCCCUGACUCAGAUCCGUGCGCUCCCUUCAACCACCAACCAGACGCUUUUCAGGUUCUGGGCGAGAUCCAUGAACUGAUUGCUGGUUAUGGUGAUCUGAUGACUGUGGGUGAAUUCGGUGGGCUCGGGGACACCGCGACAGCGCUGCGAUAUGUGAGCGCUUCGGCGAACCGCGUCAACAUGGGAUUUCAGUUCGAGACAGUCUGCCUAGGCUUUGCACUCAGCUCCUUUGAUAUCAAGCCACAUUCAUUGGCGGACUUCAAGCAGUCCGUCAUCAAAUGGCAACAGUACACCGAAGGGACCGACGGGUGGGCAACUAUGUUCCUUGAGAACCAUGAUGUCCCCCGCUCCAUCUCGCGGUUCGCAUCCGACAAGCCAGAAUUACGCGCCGCUGCAGCCAAAACACUCGCGUUGCUUCAAAUUGCCUGCUCGGGGACCCUGUUCCUGUACCAAGGCCAAGAAAUCGGCAUGACCAACAUUCCCAAAUCCUGGGCCAUUGAAGAGUACAAGGACUUCUCAACCCAGCAAUAUUGGCAGUCGGAGGCACAAUCUAGUGACGACCCCGAGGUUCGGCGCAAGGCAAUGGCCAACAUACAGGCCGCUGCGCGUGACAACAGCCGCACCCCCAUGCAGUGGAGCAGCCAGAGGCACGCUGGAUUCACGGACUGUAAGGGAGGCCCGUGGAUGCGAAUAAACGAGAACUAUGUCGAUAUCAACGUUGAAGACCAGACUAAAGAUGAGGAGAGCGUCUUAUCUUUCUGGAAGAAGGCGUUGGCUUGUCGCAAGGCAUAUAUUGACGUCCUGGGGCACGGGUCUUUCUGUCCUAUUGAUGGUGGCGACGAAGCUAUCUUCUGCUUCAAGAAGAUACACAAAGGGGCCGCUGCUCUUGUAAUACUGAAUAUGUCCGACCGGGAGCAGGAACUCAGGCCUAGCGUGCAGCUUACCGGAAUGCCACUGGUUCUAGCCACAAACUCGAGCACUCGAGAUAGUACUCUUGGUCCUUUUGAGGGUAGACUAUAUAUCGGGGACGAGUGUACAAAGCCAUGA